AUGAAUGCGACAUUUGAAAAUUUCACUUCUAAUGGCACGGAGCAUUCCGGUCCAUUGACAUAUGGUUCUUCAGUUUAUACAAUUGCGGUGUUUUCUUUGGUUGUCUACGCCAUUGUGUUCGGAGUCGGCGGCGUGUUAGACAUUUUUGUCAUCUUCGUAAUGUUACGAAGUGGACAACUACGCAAAAAUUUUGCCAGCUUUUUACUUUUUCAUCUAUCUGUGACUCAUCUACUGUUCCAUCUUGUAAUCGUUAUGAAUCCUUACAGGGGUUGGCUUGAGAGAGAUAUUCGGUCUUGUAAAGCGUUUGCCUUUGUAGACCGCGCAUGCCCAGCCGCUAUUUUUAGCACGUUAGCCGCUAUUGCGUGGGAUAGACAUAAAAACAUCAUACAGCCUUUUAGGAGUCUGAUUUCCAGACCUCCUCGUUCAUAUUUAAUGAUGACUGGAGUCAUUUGGGCUUAUGCUGCGUUAUCUUCCAUUUCGUUUGUUCACAGUGUGAAGGUACAGACUUUUACCUAUUGUCAGACAGAAAACAACAAUGAUUCAUGUAGACAGUAUAUGCUCUGUGACACAUCGCGAUCUUCUUGGCAAAUUCAGCUUUCCGAGACGAUUUACUUUUUUGUGGCGUUUAUCAUGCCUCUUUCCUAUAUAGCAGUUGCGUACACAAGAAUUGCAGUUCGCUUGUGGAACAGAAGCAAAAAUGGAGCUAUUCACAGCGCUGUGGCGAAACACAAGUCAAAAUCUAUUCGCUUGUUGGUUGUAGCCGUGUUUGGCUUCGUUCUUUGCUGGGGACCAAGAAAAAUAGCAUCAAAUUUGCUUGUUGUUGUUGUUGUUGUUGCUGCUGCUGUAAAUCGUCCCGUAAUCACCGGAUUAGUCCCGAUGACGAGAUACGUUUACAAACAAGAACGUGGCAAACUUCGAUACGAAGACAGCAGGUCGAUCAGAAAUGAAGAAAUAUUUGCUUUCUUCAGUGGUUGA